AUGAGUUUUAACUUGGAUGAUCUCUUUGACACCCGGCCCCGCCAGCAGCAGGUGGCCACUCCCGCCUACGCACCCCCACCGCCUCCAAGUGAUCCCCCACCACCGCCUAUGAUACAACAGGAUCCAUUCGGAGUUCACAUGACUGCACCUCCACCGCCUCCACCGCCCCCACCACCACCUCCUCCUCCGUUUGAAACUGCAGUUCCUACUGUUCCUUCUGUUCCUGUUGGUUUUGCUGCACCUCCUGUUACUACUACAGGUGGUAUUGGACCUAUUACUACUACUUCUACUACUGCUCCUGUUGCUGUGCCUAAUCCUAUGCAUCCUCAGAUGGUUUAUGCAUCUCUAAAUGUACCACAACCGACCAACCCCAAUGUGUAUGCCGUACCACCUGGACCAGCUCCGUUACAGACAACGUACAUUACUCCUCCACCAACUACUGGAACUAGUUAUACUCCUUCAAAUCAAACUGCAGCAAUGGGAAUGGCUAUGCCUCUUGGUGUUCCAAACGGUACAACUGCAGCCUAUGUUUCUCCUCAAGUUGUUUCUCCUCCAGAUCCAACAUUGAAUCAAAAUCAGAACCAGAAUAACAACGAAUCCAAAUUUUCACAAGAAGAAGAGGAUAGGAAACAACUGGAGAAAAUUAUCCAACUCCGUAAAGAAUUGGAGAAGGAACGAGAACGAGAAAGGAAAAAACGUGAAGAACUUGAAACCUGGGGAUGUCCUUCAUGCACGUACCGGAACCCUCUUAGUGAAAACCAAUGUGAAAUGUGCAAUUCCAAUCGACCUGGCUACAAUCCCCCAGCUGACGUUGGUAUUUCUCCUUCCACUACUCGUGGCGGAAGUGUACCUUUAACUUCACCACCUACGAAAAGUGUGGCUGUGGUAUCUGAACCACCUGGUCCGACAGCAUGGAUUUGCAGUAUUUGUUUGGCACCCAAUCCAGCCCAAAAUACACGUUGCAAGGUCUGCAAUGCUUACCAAAAGAAUGGUACCCCUGUUCCUGGUGUUACACCAUCUACUACAGUAAAAGCAGCAGGAUGGUUGUGUGGUAUCUGUGGGGAAAAAAAUCACUCACAGAAUGUAAGGUGUGAAACUUGUAGCAGUUACCAAAGUAAUGGAACACCCAUUCUGGAUUUUGAACAAGCACCUCCACCACCACGGCAACAACAAGCAUCCGUAAAUGAAACAGUUCCUACGGCAUGGACAUGUUCUGUAUGCACGUUAGAAAAUUCUGUUAAUAAUGCGGUUUGUGAGGCGUGUCAGAGCGGGCAACGACCGCGUCAUCUUGCACCUUCUAAAUCUAAAGAACAAAAGAAAAAAGUGGGAGUUAGCGCUCAGGGCAAUGACAAUGCCCCAAAGAAAUGGCCAUGCCCGAGUUGCACUUUUAAUAAUGCACUUGUUUUGGAAAAGUGUGAGAUGUGUUCGACUCAUCGUCCUUCUCAAUACAAACCCCCACCACAGCAAUCAACGGCAACAACAAAUUCAAAGAGGGAUGCCAAGGACUCUGACGACGAGAUUCAAUGGCAAGACGAUGAAGUUGCAACAGAAUGUAACAGGUGCCAUCUACCAUUUAACUUUACCCGACGACGACACCAUUGUAGGGCAUGUGGAUUUGUUUUUUGUGCUAUGUGUUCUCCGUAUCAACAGGUGUUGAAAAAAAAUGGAAAAUCGGAACGAGUGUGUGUGAGCUGCUAUGAGGCCAACAAGUGA